CGGCGGCGGGCCCGGACGAGCGCCGGAGGUGGCGGACGAGGCGCCGGGGGCCCCCAUGGGCGGGUGUGUGGGCGCCCAGCACGACUCCUCGGGCAGCCUCAACGAGAACUCGGAGGGCACCGGAGUUGCUUUAGGUCGCAACCAGCCUCUGAAAAAGGAGAAACCCAAAUGGAAAAGCGAUUAUCCCAUGACAGAUGGACAACUGCGCAGCAAGAGGGAUGAAUUCUGGGAUACUGCACCAGCUUUUGAAGGCCGUAAAGAGAUUUGGGAUGCCUUGAAGGCUGCAGCACAUGCUUUCGAGAGCAAUGAUCAUGAACUGGCACAAGCAAUCAUUGACGGGGCCAACAUAACGUUACCGCAUGGGGCACUCACAGAGUGCUAUGAUGAACUGGGGAACAGAUACCAGCUUCCAGUCUACUGCCUGGCACCGCCCAUCAACAUGAUAGAGGAAAAGAGCGACAUAGAGACUCUGGAUAUCCCUGAGCCACCCCCCAAUUCUGGAUACGAAUGUCAGCUUCGUUUGCGCCUCUCCACUGGCAAAGACCUCAAACUGGUGGUGCGCAGCACAGACACGGUGUACCACAUGAAGAGGCGGCUGCACGCAGCGGAGGGAGUGGAGCCGAGCAGUCAGCGGUGGUUCUUUUCGGGCAGACCUCUCACUGACAAAAUGAGGUUGGAAGAGCUGAAGAUCCCAAAGGACUAUGUUGUACAGGUCAUAAUGAGCCAACCUUUGCGAAACCCAACACCAGUUGAGAACUGAGCUGGUUCUGUUGGCUGGUCCCCAGGUCCCUCCCGAUCCUUUUUAUUGCUGUUUCCUACUCUGUGGCGUGAAAUUUAUUUUCACUGCUCUGAAUUCCGUAUAAUGGAUUUAGUUCUGAGGAAUUACCAGUGAAAAAUUCCAUCUGUGAUGGAGACCAACAAAAUAAUUAAUAAAACACAAAGAGCUAGCCUUUGAGACUCAUGUAAUUGUAAUUUCUAAUUUGAGGGACAGUUAAGAGGUAGAUAACCGUCUAUUUUGAAACACCCAGCAACUGUGUCACGGCUGUAUUUAAAUGACUGGGACAGUAUGUAGAACAUUGCACCCGUGAAGAACAGCACCAAGCACCUUGUGAAUACAGAAUUUUUAUAGAAAUAAAUCAAAUAUAAUUUCCAGAAAUCAUCAGUAACAGUUAUUAGACUUGAGCUUUUUAAAAUGGAAACUGGAAAGAGCAGUAUUUGAGGUUUGCUUCUAUUCUGGUCUUAAUUCUUUGCUCAUACACGAUUUAGUCAUAAAGGAUUAGAGACUGGUAAAUUGUGUUUCAGUAGUGCUUACCCUAUCCCCAUAUGUUGAGCUCUUUAUUUACAUUCCCAGUAAAUUUUGGUGCCUUCCAGCACAUUGGUGGCAGGCACCUUCUGGAACACUAGGCAAUAAUUUAGUGCAAUCAGAUCUCUGGUUUUCAACUGACACUCAGUUGAAAAGUCUCUUGUUCUCUUGCUGCAUAGGUAUUUUGAAAUUUCUAUACAACGAAGUUGUUUUCAUACCCAGGUUUAGAAGGUCACUACUAUAUAAUACCAUGAUUGUUCUCCCUGCUCUGCUUGGGGCUUUUCAGAGCUAACUGCCGCCAAAUGCAUGGAUUCUGGACCAGGGAAUACAAGGAAUCAAGUGCAGCUCUUCCCACUGCAACAUAAUAAAGUCAGUCUCCUUUCUCCCCCAAGUUUGCAGGAAGGGUGUAAGGAAGCCCAUCCCACCUGUGCCUGGGGGAAUUGUGCCUAUUUUCAGUCAGUUGGAGAAAAUUUCAAGUCAAAAUUGACUAAUGUGACAGAUUUACUGAUGUCACUUAAACAUUAACGGAGAGACCAAAUGGUGAAAUGUUGCUUUGUAUGUUAGCGCUUUCCAGUUCACUAACCUUAGUUAUGAUGGAUGACAGUUUUCCUCUCUCAUUUUCCCUAGCAAAGAGGCAAAUUAAGAACCAUCCACAAAUAUGAUCAUAGAGGACUGACCAAUCAGGUGAGAUAACCUGAUUCUUUUGUAAUGUGACUGGAAUAAAGCUGCCAACGAUUAUAUUUAAUUUGGAGCUUUUUCAAGAUUGGUUCCCGUAGUGAGAAGGGGGCUGCCACACGAUCACUGUACCCCUGACAAUCCACGAGAUAGAAGAGAGAGGAAGGUGGCACUUACAUUGUUCGCAGCUAGGAAGUAUCAAACCUCCACACCCGUGUGGUGAUGAAGCACCAUUAUUAAUUUUAAUGGCAAAAUGAAACUGCUAAUUAGUUUAAAGAUAAUGUUUAAAAUGGUAUUAAACUUCCUAUAGCCUGUUAGAUAUAAUAAUAUUUAUAAUUGUAACGUGUUUCUGAGAGCUUUAACUACUUCCCCUUGUAAUGCAAUUAUUUGAAAGAUUGUGGCUACAUUUAAUUUAGGUUUGCUGAUAAUCGAAUCUAAAUCCAGGCAGAUACAGCAGCAUUAAUUCCAAAGGAGUAUUUUUAUAUAUGGAGGUGGGAGGUAUCUGAAGGUCUUUCAGUACAGUGCCCAUCAUCAAAAAAUCGUUGUUAAUUUGUGUGCCACAUUGACUAGCAACAUCUCUCAAAGUUUGUCAACUGGGAAAAGUGCUUUAAACUUAUUUUUCUUAAGUAAACUUGGUGAUAUCAUUAAUAAUCUAUGGUUGGUAGAAGGUCUUUUUUGUUUGUUGAGUAUUUGAGCGCUCAAUAAUUUAUUUUAAAGGAACAUAUACUUUGAAUAACAAUUUUUGGGGCAUGUUUAACCUAGGGGAGAAAACCGUGGUGCUGUUUAAUUGUAAAUAGAUUGAUAUAAGAUUGGACCAAUACUUGAUAUGUACAAUUUUAGUGUGUAGGGUUUUUGUGCUUUUUUUAAAAAAAAAUUGUUAAUUUUUCUCUUUGUCUUUGCCUUUCUGUUUUUUUAAAUUGUUAUUCUUACAAUAAGGGUAAUUUGCCU